AUGACAGACACAAAAGAUUAUCCCAACCUCGAGGCUGUCAUUUCAACAGACCACAUUGAAAAGACCCAACCAGACAAUCACAAUGGACACGGCCACAUCGAAGGAAACGCCCUGCUCGUUGAUGGAAAGGGCGAAAUUCGAAAGAUUCCGGUUCCGUCCUCUGAUCCCAAUGAUCCUCUCAACUUUCGCCCUUGGGAAAAGUAUGGCAUUGUCUUUUGCUGCUGUUGGUUUUCCAUCAUGGGUCUUUCUGUCGCCAGUGGACUGGGUGCUAUUCUGAAUGUCUUUUUUGAGGCCUAUAUCCCACAAGGCUACAACUCGGAUCAAAUCGUGCUUCUUAUUACAUUACCGACUUUAUUCAUUGGUCUUGGAAACUACAUCAUUCUUCCUUUAUCUCUCGCCUUUGGACGCCGUCCCGUCUUUCUCAUCUCAACAGUUGUUCUCUUCGCAGCCAGCAUCGCAGCGGCUACACAAAACAGUUACAAUGGCCAUCUCGCAGCUCGCAUUAUCCAAGGCAUCGCAACAGGCGCAUCCGAAUCUCUCCUACCCCUCAUGCUCACUGAAGUCACCUUCCUCCACGAGCGAGCUUUCAUUUUUGGUCUAUACUGGAUGCUUCAAAACGCUUUCUCCUCGACCCUCAACCUGGCGUCUUCCUACAUCAACGCCGAUCUCGGCUGGCGCUGGUAUUACUGGGUUUUCACCAUUACUGUGGGCGUUGGGUUGGUCAUCGCUGUCUUGCUGGGUUUCGAGACUCAGUUUACCCGUCCGGCUGCUUCGCUCGAUGGUCAGCUUGUCGUCACGGAUGAGUUUGGUGUUACCAGGGUCAUUCCUGAUUCAGAAGCGCAGGCUUAUCUGGAGGACAUGUCGAGAUCUGGAUUGACGCCUCCUAACGCCGGUAAUCCAGCUGAUAAUGUUGAUCGCAAGACAUACAUGCAGCGUCUUCGACCAUGGUCCAAGCCAGCGUCUCAGCCUGUGCGAGUCAUUCUUCUGAGCUGGAAGUACAUGCUUGCCUCGUUCUCGUCGCCUGGUAUCUUGUAUGCCGUUCUCACAUCUUCUAUCGCUCUUGGCUGUGGUGUGGGCAUGUCUUUGACUUACAACCAAGUCUUGAUGCAGAACUAUCACUGGCAAGCCAAGGAUAUCGGUCUGGUCAACGUCGGCGGAGCCAUUGGAGCGGUUAUAGCCAUGCUGUACUGCACGUUCCUUGCUAACCCGUUCGUCAUGUGGAUGGCCCGCCGAAACAAGGGUAUUCACCAGCCCGAGCAUCACCUCAUCACCAUGGCCCCUCCUGCAAUUGUCGGUGUAGCGAUGCUUCUUCUCUACGGCUUUACUGCUGGUGGAGGAGCGACUUGGUGGGGACCAUAUCUCGGCUGGACCAUCUUCCAGUAUUCCUUCACGGCCGUCCUUAUCAUCUCUACCACCUUUGCCUCUGAGGCUGCUCCCAAGCAUCCUGGCCCAGCCAUUGUCACUGUGGUUGGUACAAAGAAUGUCAUCUCCUUUGGAGUUACGUAUGGCUUGACCCCAAUGAUUGAACAGCAUGGUUACAAGUGGGCUUUUGGUGUUUUGGCUGGUAUUUUUGGUGCUAUCUUUUUGUUGGGUAUUCCUGUUUGUAUCUGGAACCCCAAGUGGCGAGCCUAUGUUGCUGAGAGGGAGGCACGAAAGGGUACUACUACCACUGACUAG